AAUGAAACUGCCUUAAACCCCGAAAUAAUUACUGCUGGCGGAUCCUCGAGUAUUGUGUCCGGGCCAAAUGCGACGACUUAGUUGUCAAAUUUGCCACGCGUUUCUGACAUCUAUCCCCAUGCCCAUGGGUUGGCUGGAUUCUGUGCUGGUCCGAACAAACAUCUUGAGGCAACAUCUUCAGUCAAGGAACCCCUAGAAAUGUUAUUCGAUUUUGAAUCUUGUCCCGGCUACGUUUGGUGUAAAGUACACGAGGAAUGGUACAAGCUUGGCCAAAAGUUCAAUCGGCACAAAAGGCGACAUGCCCGUCUUGAUCAGUGUAAGCGAUGCGGAAUGAGACUACCGUCCCCAAAGGAACGUAACGAGCACUACUGGCGACAUCAUAAACAAUGGGCUAAGGAGAAGAAAUUUCCAGAUCCACGUCGGCGAUGCAUGGUAUGCCGCAAAAAGAUGUCGAAAGCUUCAUUCAUAAAGAGACAUCUUCGGCGAUCUCAUCUAUGUAAUAUGGUAUUGGGUGAUUUGCCCACCGAAAGUCAAACAGGAAUGCUCUCCGACUCUGAAAAAGAAUGAUCUUAGACAAAAGCAGAGAUUUUUUAUUUGUGGUUCGUCAGCUGAGGAGAAAGAUUGAAAGAUGAGGCAUUUGGUAGAUGUACCAAGAGAUGCCUUGCAAGGAUUUGGGUUUGGUUGAUGCUU